ACCUCGUGGCAGAGGAGAGUUGUAACAUAUCACACUCGCGCGCGUGUGGGUUUUUACAUUAACAACAAGGACCAGGACCGCGUCAACCCCGUUACUUCUUCUCGCCGGCAUCUAACCCCUCCGCUACGCCUUCCCCAAUCUCCAAAUCUCUCUCCCCCCCCCCUCUCUCUCUCUCUCUCUAAUCCCUUCUCCAUCGAACCCCCAUUCCCCUCUUUCUCUCUGUAUAUAUCCAUCAUUCUUCACCUGUUUAUUCAGAGUCGCAUUUCAUUCAGCUGCCAUGUCGAUAAGAACUGUCAAAGUCAGCAAUGUUUCCUUAGGAGCAUAUGAGCAAGACAUCAAAGAGUUCUUCUCUUUUUCUGGUGAUAUUGAAUAUGUUGAGAUGCGGAGUGAUACUGAGCGAUCUCAAAUUGCAUUUGUCACCUUCAAGAAUUUCCAAGGAGCAGAGACUGCAGUUCUUCUUUCGGGUGCAACAAUAGUUGAUAUGACUGUCACCAUUACUAUAGAUCCAGAUUACCGGCUUCCACCUGCUGCUUUUGCACCACCGCUUGCAACACAAAAUAAAACUCUGGGUGGUGCUGAAUCUGCGUUUCAAAAGGCAGAAGAUGUUGCCAGCGGCGUGCUUGCAAAAGGUUAUGUCUUUGGUAAAGAGGCUGUCAACAAGGUAAAGUCAUUUGAUGAGAAGCACCAGCUGACUUCCACAGCAAGUGCUAAAGUUGUUGCUUUAGACAAAAAAAUUGGGUUCAGUGAGAAGAUAAGCGUCGGUACUUCGGUUGUGAAUGAUAAAGUUCGGGAAGUGGAUCAGAAACUCCAGGUUUCUGAGAAAGCCAAAUCAGCACUUUCAGCAGCUGAGCAAACAGUUUCUAGUGCUGGGUCUGCCAUAAUGAAGAACAGGUAUGUCUUUACUGGGGCUUCAUGGGUGACAGGUGCCUUUAAUAAAGUUGCUAAGGCAGCCGGGGAAGUCGGCCAAAAGACAAAAGAGAAGGUGGGAAUGGCUGAAGAGGAACAGAGGAGGAAAAUGGUUGAUGACUUUGCUCAGGUUCAUCUAUCUGAGUCUCCUAAUUCUUAUGAUUCAAGUGAACAACAUCCUUCCAAGCCAGCACCAGUUAAAGGUUUGAUCCUCUGAUUUGCUGUUUUUGUAAGUAGGUUUGUCCUGACAGUUGGAUUCUACUGUCUUGAUUUCUUACUCCACCAUGCUAGAUGAAUAUAGCACACUGUACCUUUAUAUUUUGAUAUGAUUGCAUUUCAAUAUCUUGACUCUUCAUAUAAUUUUCUAUCAAUUGAACAUUAAGGAGGACAUCAAUUGGCU